GCUUUGUUUUGCUGCUGAACUGAACUUGAACGGCCCUCUAUUGUUUCACCCGCACCCGUCCCGCUGGCGACACUCAAUUAUUUAUUACGUUCUCGGCACCGAGUUUGCAUAUUGCGGUUGCAGCUCGCGCCUCUCUUUGCAUGCGCUUGUUAGUCUGAUUGAGUGCGUGUUUCGACUCCGACGACCAGCCUGCUCGCGCGACCACCGCCGCGCCGAUCCUCACCCAUGCCAGGCAUGACAACCAGCCUUGGACAGCAACUAUGGAACCGUGUCGCAGAAAGGGCUCGCAGGUCGCUCAGCAACUCAGAGGAGCCAGGUCAGCGGCUACUGGAGGAACUGCGCCGCGACGAGGGCAGCGACCUGCAGUCCAGGUGGGAACCUGAGCUAUGCAUCAACAUGAUCAGGGUGCCCAUCACCACCAACUACGCAGCCCUGAGGAAACUGCUCAAGGUCGUCUCCAGGGAAUGGAUGGUGGAGUUUGUGGAGCGAGGCGGACUGGCCGUGCUGCUGGAGGCCCUGGAGCGGCUGGGCAGCUGCCCGGGGCCGCCGGACGGGCCGCCGCGGGCCACCCUGGGCAUGGAAAAGACAAUUUCGCAGCUGCGCGUCGUCGAGUGCAUCCGCGAGGUGAUGAACUCUGCUGCCGGGCUGUCCUUCCUGCUGGACCACGCCGAGUACGUGCACCAGCUGGUCAACGCCCUCAGUUCGCAAAACAUCACCGUCAAAAUGCAGGUGUUCGAGCUGUUGUGCGCCCUGUGCCUCUUCUCGGCCAAGGGGCACACGCUCGCCCUUGACUCGCUCUUCUUCUACACGACGAGCCAAGGCCUCCGCUACAGGUUCCAGCCCCUGGUGACCGAGCUGCGGGGGUGCGAGAGCGACCGCUACCGCUCCACCAUCGUGGCCUUUGCCAACUGUCUCAUCCAGGGAGCAGACUCGCUGAUCAACCGGGUAAAGCUCAGGAACGAGCUCAUAGGGGUUGGAUUCGGAGCUGAACUCUCCGCAUUGAGAGCAAAUGAUCUGGAGGCAGAGUUGAGUGUCCAGCUGAAUGCGUUCGAAGAGAGCAAGGAAAUGGACGAGGAACAAAUGAUCCAGUCAGAGGAAAUGAUGACUUUGUCGCACCACCAGCUGUUUCACACCCUUUACGAGAAGGUUUUGGGAACUCCUCAAGCGUACCGACUACACUCGGUGCUAUUAAACUUGGCUCAAACAGACACAGCCAGUAGGAAAAGUGAUCUUAUGUGGGAGUUGUUGGAAGAAGUGUCGUCGAGGGCGCUGGACGGGUCCCUGCACUGGGCGCAGCGGCGGCUGGGUCGGCUGCAGUCGCAAGCGAAAAACGCGAGUUCGCAGACGCCGCGGGCCCGCGGGGCGCGUCGCUGGAACAUCCGCACGCCGAGCCGCUCGUCGGGCACGCAGACGAUGGAGGAGGCGGCUGCCAAGCCCUCGCGGAAAACCUCCUCCACGCAGACCCCGAUGGACGAGGAGCCGAGCGAGUGCGCCACCCAGACGGCCCCCGUGCCCGAGGAGGCCCCGGCGCCGGUCAGCCCUCCGCCCCCGCCACCCCCGAUGCCCAUGGAGGGCGCGCCGCCCCCGCCUCCGCCCCCCAUGAUGCUUCCUCCGCCUCCCCCGCCGCCUCCACCGGGCCCAGGAGGCCCUCCGCCGCCCCCACCCCCGCUGAUGUUGGCCUCCGGGGGCCCGCCGCCCCCACCGGCGAUGAGCAUGGGCGAGUACUUCGCCUCGCCGACCAGACACUCCCUGCCGGCCACCCUGCCGUCCGGCUGGAGCCCCGACACGGAGCUGCAAAGGCACAACUCGCUGCCGCCGUCAAAGAAGAGGCUCAAGACGCUCAACUGGACCAAAAUUCCACCAAACAAAAACUACGAGGACACAGUUUGGAACACUGUUGGUGCCCAGCCGCCGAGUUUGACUGUCGACUUUCGGCAAAUGGAGGAGCUGUUCUGCCAGCGAACCACGUCUCCAGAGGCAACAGCCGCGGCGCCUCUGUCCCCCAAGUCCCCGAGCCAGGACGUGCAGGUGGUCAACGUGCUCGACUCCAAGAGGAGUCUUGGCGUCAACAUUUUGCUGCGGCAGUUCAGAGAACUCGGCGUCGAUGGCCUUCUGGCCACCAUCCAGGAGGGAAACGGCAGAGCAAUCGGCGCCGACAAGCUGCGGGGCCUUUUGAGACUUUUGCCAGAACCAGAUGAAUUGGCGAUGAUCAAGGCUCAGCAGCUUGACGAAAAAAUGAGACUGGGAGAUGCAGAGAGCUUUUACCUGCAGCUGAAUGAAGUGCCUAGCUACGCCCUGCGAAUCCGAGCCAUGCUCCAACGUGAAGAGUUCAACCCGACGGCGAAAGAGCUGCGGCCUCAGUUGAAGGCAGUGCUAAAAGCGUGUUCCACACUGGUAGAAAAUAGUUCCCUGCGUGAAUUCCUCGCGUUGAUCCUGCACCUGGGCAACAUGCUCAAUGCCGGUAGCUACGCAGGAAACGCUGUUGGGUUUAAGCUGAGCACCCUGCCGCGCCUGCUGGAAACCAGGGCCAAUAAGCCGAGAAUGACCUUCCUCCACUUUGCCGUCGAGAUCGCGAGCAAGCAGCCAGGGUGCCUUGACUUUGUGUCCGAGCUGGACGUCGUGCACGAGGCUGCAAAGGUGCCCCUGGAACUGAUGGAGGAGGAGGUCAGAGCGCUGAGCUCCGGAGUGCAGCGGCUCGACAAACAGAUUCAACACGCACCAGAUGACCUCAAGAUUCAAUUUUCCGACUUUUUGAGCGGAGCUAUGACCACUUCAGAAGACUUGUGCGGGCAGUUGGACGCGAUCAAAGUGGCCAGCUCAAGGCUGGCACGUCAUUUCUGCGAAGAUGAAGAGAAAUUCCAACUGAAUGAGUGCUUUUCCCUUUUCUCCGACUUCCUUGUCAAGGCCCAGACCUCUCUCAAGGAAAACGAGCAGAGAAGGGUGCAAGAGGCGCGAGUGCUGACGAUGCGGCAGCAGUCGCCGGCGCCGACCAGAGGAAUGAGCAUGAAGAGGACGAGAAGAGGCAGAGGCACCUCGACCGACUCCUCGGACGGCGAGGAUUCGUGUGUAGUCGACAAGCUCAUGCAGGAGAUCAGAAGCGGAACUUUCAAGCUCAGGAGAUGCAUGCCCGCUUGAACAUUCCAUUUUUAUUAAAAUAGAUUUUGUAUAAAAAAAACACAGAUCCCUCUAUAUCUCGUAUAUUUUUAGAAUUUAUUGCAUUCUUGCCCGAACAGAAUGGUGUUCAAAGAUGCCGAGUCUUCGCGGCCUCCUUGAAUACUUUAAUUUGGGAAGAAUGCGCCGCACUAUAUUUCUGAAUGAUGUAAAAUCGAACCUGUCACUUUCUUUUCUUCCCCUUUGCAUGAAGAAAAAUGCUUUACGAUUUAAAUUAUUAUAUGUAUUCUCCCAUAAAAGUGUGUUGAAGACGGAAAAGCAAACUAUUUUUGGGGUUCGGAAAUAUAUUCAACACUCAGGAAUUAAUUUUAAGCCGAGGUUGUGGGAAUCUGAUCGCGCAAAAACUGUUGUACUUUUACUAUUUUCAAAUUGUAAAAUUUUCUUGCAAUUCAUCACCGAAAGUGUCCUUGUUGUACAAUAAAGACUAUUAUUAUAUAUUAAA